AUGGCGCAGACUCCCAAGUCUGAGCAAGGCCACGCCAAGGAUAUGGCUCAAUCAAUCGCCUCUGAUCGUGUUCAAGAUGAGGUACUGGAAUUGACCAAGGCCCAAUCAAAGCGACUUCUCCUCAAGACAGAUCUGGUUGUCAUGCCGCUCGCUGUCUUGAGCAUGACUCUGGCCUUCCUGGAUAAGAAUGCGCUCGGAUAUGCCGCCAUCUUCGGCAUCAAGGAAGAUGCCCACCUCAAGUCUCAAGAGUACAGUUGGCUCAGCAGCAUCUUCUACUUCGGUUACCUAGCCAUGGAAUUCCCCAACCUCUGGUUAAUGACCAAGAUCCCUAUCGGCAAGUAUGUCGGUGGCUGCCUCACCCUAUGGGGUAUUGCCCUAUGCUUCAUGGCACUUUGCCAUAACUUUGCAGGACUGGCGACUAUCAGAUUCCUUCUCGGUGUUUUUGAGGCUGCUGUACUACCUUGCAUGAUGAUCAUCAACUCCAUGUGGUAUUUGAGGAACGAGCAGCCUCUUCGAACUGCUUUUUGGUAUAACACUUUCGCGGGUGUGUUUGGAGGUAUUCUGUCUUAUGCGAUUGGACAGAUCAAUGGAUCGCUGUCCACCUGGAAGUAUAUCUUCCUCAUUUAUGGAUCUUGCACCAUCCUCGCCGGAGCUCUCGUCUUCUUUGGCCUUCCCGACACUCCCUCGAAGGCAUGGUUCUUCACCGAGGAAGAGAAGAAACUUGCCAUGAUUCGCCUUGCACCCAACCAGACCGGCAUUGAGUCAAAGAAAAAAUUCCAAACUGCCCAAAUCUUGGAAGCUCUCCGUGAUCCCAAGUGCUACUGCAUCUGGCUCGGCGUCUUUGGUUAUGCGCUUGCUAACGCGGGUAUUACAAACUUCAACCCUCUCAUCAUUGCCGGGUAUGGCUUCAGCAAGACAAAGACCGUUCUCAUGGCGACUCCUCAGGCAGCAGUUGCGAUGAUUAGUCAGGCUAUUCUCACCACCGUUGCUUUCUUCAUUCCUAAUCUUCGAUGCAUCUUCUGGAUCUUCGGUGCGCUCAUGGGUCUGGUUGGAGCGGUUAUGGUGCACUCACUCGACGUUGCGACCCAACGCGACGCGUCAUUGGCAGGAGUCUAUCUCAUGGGCUUCUACAAUGUCCCUUGGGUCUUCCUACUAAGUCUGUCUUCCUCCAACACUGCUGGUGCAACAAAGAAGAGCUUUAUGGGUAUCUCUAUCGCUAUCGUCUACGCCGUCGGCAAUAUUGUCGGACCCCAAUUCUUUCUUGAUAGACAAGCACCCACAUAUGUCCUCGGCAUCGGUUCUAUGCUUUUCGCGUUUGCCUUGAUGGCUGCCACUGGUCUGACGUACUAUGUUCUCUGCGGUAUAGAGAACAAGAAGCGUGAUAAGCAAUAUGGCAAGGCUCAUGACGACACUGAUAUUGGACUGGAGGCCGAAAGGAGCGAUAAGACGGAUUGGCAGAAUCCCAACUUUCGAUAUACUUACUAG